CUGCAAGUCCCAGACCCAGAGCCAGUAAUGAAUUAUCACAUCACAAGCAUACAACAACAGAUGGAUUCCAGUGGGUUUGGUUUGAUUGAGUUGAAAUAUCUUCCCCAACCCCAACCAUUGAAAAAGAAAAAUAAAAGAUGGCCUUGCAUGAUGAUACCAAUGCAUGUUCUUUCUCAGUUAAAAGGUGAUCAUCAUCUUCUGCAAUAAUAAUGGAGAUGAUAUGAUGUAUAAUUACACCUUAUAGACUGCCAACGUGAUUGCUUCAAUAAAUUCGUAUGCUUGCAUCAUCAUUUCCAUAGACCUCUUUUGAAGUACACUGCUGAAACAGUGGUUUGGACUUUUUUGCGUUGCCUCAAAGCUUUACUUGCUGGAUUCGGAAGAGAAAGUAUGGGACUUUCUAACUCUAAUUACUCUUCUAUCUUAUCAAGUUAGCUUGUUGUCUUAAAAUAGAUAAAAAAGCAAAGAUCUAUUCUCUGGCAUCAACAGGAGUUCAAACAGAAAGAAUCCACGUAUUUUGUUUAUGAUGAUUAUUAUUGCAGAGAAGUAGGUAUUGAGAGGUGGGGCGGAGGACAAAGAGAGGGAAGAGAUGGGCCCUGCAAAGGCUGCAACAGAUAUGAGUGCCACUGCACCAAAGACUAAUGUGUUUCCUUCCUUUUCUCUCUCUCUCUUUGUUUUUACUCUUGUGUGGUUCUUCUUUCUCUCUCUAUCUAGUGAAUGGGUCCAUUUCAUUCAUGUCCACUUCCCUGCACAAGCUUUAUUUUGCCCUUUUAACAUUCUCUUUCUUCCUUUUAGCGAGUCUCUCUGGGAAGGGUGUCUUAUUUUCCAGACUCGUUCUUGUUUUUCUUGAGCUUUAAAUCUUGUGAAAGAGAGAUAAGUAAGAGUAAGAUCAUGAAUAAUCUUGUUGAAUGUCAGUUUCUUGGGUUUUGGGUUCAUAGAAAAAUUCCCACUUCUCUGUUCAUGCAAAGAAUUUAACCCACUUUUUUGUGUUGGCUUUUUCAUUUUUGUGGUCUGAUAAAAGUGGAAUAUAUAAUGCAUACUCAACUUUUUCGCCUUGUUCUUUCUGUUAAAGAAGAAACAAAAGACAUUUAGCCACUGUUUUUCUGGUUUUUGAAAACACUCUUUUUAUGGACAAAGUGAAAGCCAAUUAUUUCAAGUGAACUUUGCCUUGCAAUGGCUUAUAUUGGGUUCUCUGGGGAAUAGCCUACCUCUUGUGUCAUCCAGAAUAGAAACAAACCAACUUUAUCUUUUGAGUGUUGCAAAUAUAUCUCUGUGACCGUGGAAAUCCAAUGAGCAUAUUCUUGACAACUCUCCACCUUUUUACUUUCUUUGUUACUAAUUAAGUUGAGUGCAGAAAUCUACAUUUUAGCUAUUGGACCUGUUGCUGAUAUCUCCUCUUCAAAUGAAUGGAAAGGUCGAUAUUUCCUUAAAACAGAUAAUCAAGGCAUAAAGAGAAUGGUCGCAAGGAAAAAUUAGUAGUUCCACACGUAAACCAGAAAGCAUAUCAGUAUGCUUAGAUCUCCCCUGAUAUUUGGUGCCUUGGUGAUAUGAGUACCCAAAAGAUUAAAGAAUGUCAGUCCUGUAGUUCAGCUGCCGCUGGCCUAAUAUACGAUUGAAGCAUAAAAAUCUUUGACUAAUAAAGAAGCUUUUAUGAGCCCAUGGAGAAUGAAAUUAUCAAUGCUCCAAUAGAUAUAGCUACCCAAAAUUCUUUUAUUAUGGAUGAAAUUACAAAUUCAGAGGUCGGAUUGGAUUCAUUUGACGUAAACAACCAAAGCCACCUACAGCAAGCAUUGGCUGGAUUUCCAUUGCUUUCAGCUUUUCAGGGAGAACCUAUUGGUGAUCCCACAACAAGCCAUUCCAGGGUUUUCAAUUGUAAUGCAUUAGUUACAUCCCUGGGCAUUGAUAACAGUGACUUUCAAGAGCAUUUUGAGAGAGGAACACCUGUUUCUUCAACUUCACUUGUUAAUCUUUUGGCAUCAAGAAGUGGUCUUCCAGAAAAUCUAAACAAUUUAGGGAUUUCAUCUGCUUCUAUCUAUCCAGAAGAUCAUAGAAGUAACAUUGCUAAUGACUUAUCCUACAGUUUAACUUCAUUUGCAACCUUGAUGAACUGUAGUUAUGAUGAAGCACUUGGCAAGAUGAAUGAUAAGGGGGAUUUUGAGAAGUCUCUUGCCCCUCCUGAGUUGUGUGGAAAAACACCUAUACGGACAGGGUUUCAACCAUUGUCAUCCAUGGGAAACCUGCAGCCCAGUAGUUGGAUUUCAAGGGGUGCACUGGUUAACACAGAUUGUCAUUAUGGUUCAUCUAAAAAUAGUAAUGAGCUUUCUUUAAGUCUUGCCACAUCCCAACCUCGUAUAAUUUCAAAUAUUAGUGAUCAGUGCUCUGAGAUAAGCUGUUCUGGUGAAACUCAUCCUUACUUGAAUGCCACAGAAUUGCGGUCAGAACAUAUGUCUCACAACUGCAAGGAGCUUUCUCUAAGUUUUGGAUCUUGUAGACCAGUGCAGUUCCCCCAAUUUAUUUCAGGAUCGAAGUAUCUUCAUGCAAUUCAGGAAAUACUUGCUGAAAUUGCAAGCUAUUCUUUAGAAAAUCUUGAUGAAAUGAGUUACUUGAUUGCUGAAGGGGUGACUGAGCCAAAAAUUCCAUUCUUUUCAAGUUCCCCCAAUGGAAGAGGGAUGCCACCAAUGGAUUGUGAUGAAAAUCCAGAUGUUGAUGGUAGCUUCAGGGCUCAACUUGAUACCUCAUUGCAGAGACAAACUAUCAAUGCCAAGAAAACACAAUUGCUGACUUUACUACAAGUGGUUGAUGAACGAUACAACCAAUGCCUCGAUGAGAUCCAUAUGGUUGUAUCUGCAUUUCAUGCUGCUACUGAAUUGGAUCCUCAGAUGCAUACUUGGUUUGCUCUUCGUACUGUCUCUUUCUUAUAUAAAAACCUGAGAGAGAGGAUCAGCAAUCAAAUCCUUGCAAUGAGUGCACCUUUUGAUGAUGAAUUCACCAAAGGGAAGAAACAAAGUUUCGAAGAUUCGUUUGUCAAGGAGCAAUGGGUUCUCCAACAGCUAAAGAAAAAAGAACAUCAAAUAUGGAGACCCCAAAGAGGGUUGCCCGAAAAAUCUGUCUCAGUUUUACGAGCAUGGAUGUUUCAAAACUUUCUUCAUCCGUACCCUAAAGAUGCAGAGAAGCAUUUGCUUGCUGUGAAAAGUGGACUCACCCGAAGCCAGGUAUCGAAUUGGUUUAUAAAUGCUCGUGUUCGAUUAUGGAAGCCGAUGAUUGAAGAAAUGUACAGAGAUAUGAACGGAAGAAAAGCUUUGAGGGAGGAGGGAGGAGGAAGGAGCAAAGAGCAGUAAUCGGAGAUAGUUAAAGUUUCAGCAGCAGAAAUUUAAUUACAGAUUCAAGUGCAAGGUAUGAGAUUUGAAUUUUACAUAUAGAAGUAUGAAAUUCUGAUGUAAGGUUUUAUAUUCUUGUCACUUGGUAUCAGGGAGCUAGAAUUUGUCUUUGAAUGGGAAAGGAACAAGUCCUUGACAUUGUUAUAAUUAUGAAGUGUACAUAUAAUGCCUAGUUAUUAUGUCUUUAGUUUGACAUAAAAAUCUCAUUAAACAAUUUUUCGAUUGUUAAAAAUUAUUUUGA